AUGCCGUCCAAGCGGAAGCCUGUCACAGCCAGCGGCGCGCCCGAGGCUGACAACGCAGCGUCGCUCAGCCCGGCACAGAGCGCAAAUGCCUCAAUGGCAUCCACGACAAAGCGCCAGAGGGUGUCCAGGGCUUGCGAUCAGUGCCGCGCGGCGAGAGAAAAGUGCGAUGGCAUCCAGCCACUCUGCUUUCCCUGCGUGUCGCAGAAUCGUGCUUGCACCUACAAGAAGAGCCCCAAGAAGAGAGGUGUCCAGACGGGUUAUAUCCGCACUCUGGAGAUCUCGUUGGCUUGGCUCUUUGACCGUGUGCCCGGCACGGAAGAGACUCUCAGCGCGUUCAUUGCGCGGGAGGGAGGCGAAGGGCAGAUGCUCCUGACGGGACAGGCCGCCGAGGGCACCGACCGAUUACAGAAGCGCUGGGAUACGAGCAGAGUGCACAAAGCCAUCGACCGAGUCCUGUCUGGAGAUGCUGGACCUAUACAGGGUGAUGACCAACGUCUACAGUCGGCAGAGGGAAGCGGAGCCGAGGAGGAGGCGAAGACAAAUGAAGUUGAACAUCGGCCGGCCGUCGGCCUCGAUCAAUUUGGCAGCACGCCGACGUCACUAGACACGGUCAGUCCCCAGGGCAUGUGGCAUCAUCACGCUUCUUCGACUUUCAAGAUUGGCCACCUUGACUCUGCCCCGGUCUCACAGCCUGAACAACAACCCAUACGGCUGAGACUGCCGCCAAAUCACUGGCGCCUCCUCGAUGUCUACUUCUCCUACACCCACUCCUGGCUCCCGCUGCUGGAGAAGAAAGACGUCUUCCAGGCCUGCUACCUCUAUUCCGAGGACGAACUUGUUAUUGAUCCACGCGACCCGGCAAAUGCAGUCCAUGCGGAGAUCUGGAGUGCGCUGGCCUUGGGGUCUCUCCAAGACGCCGCCAGCUCGAAGCCGAGCUGGCCGAAGACCCCUGAUACGGGCUCCACAUCGCCCAACCAGAUUUACGCCGUUGCCAGAUCUCUGAUUCCUGGCGAAGAUGGUCCCUUCCGCUUACAGCACGCCAGGGCAGUGCUCCUCCUUACGCUUGUGAACAUUGGGCGAGAAAACAUGACCGCAGCGUGGAUACUGGUUGGACUUGCAGUGCGCGUCUUCAUCGAGGUCGGUUGGCACAAGGAGUCUCGUGGGGAGUCGGAUCGGAAACAGCAAGCCGCCUUGAUGGCAUGCUUCAUCCUAGAUACAUUUGUUUCGGUGCGAUACGGCAGGCCGCCGCACCUCAGGACCGAGUACCUCACGACUCUGAUCCCUGCGUUAGACGAUGACCUUGACGAGUGGGAACCGUGGGCCCCUUGCGAUGGCUUCGGCUCGAGCGACCAACAGUCAAGGCUGGCGCGUAAUCCGGCAUUUGGGGCGAGCACUUUUAGCCAGCUCUACAAGAUCUUCAAGGUCAUUAACAAGAGCAUCGUCUCCGGUAAGCAAGACGAGGCUGGCUCAAAUCGACCGGCCGAUCUCUUUAAAGAGCUGGAGCAGUCCAUCGAUGCUGCAUCGCCUCUGGCCAGAUUCAUCAAUACGCCUUCCAUGGAUAGACAGUCCGUUGCUGCCGCGCCCUCAUUAUACAUCCUGAGGAUACUUUAUCUGUGGGCAAAAACAGUUCUCGGGUGCCCCGAUACAUCCCCGGUGCGGCUUCUAUUGGAGACUCUCGGAGCCUUCCAGGCGCGCUUUGGCGUCUGCGGCAGUCCUCCUCUCAUUACCGCGUGUCUAUCUUCACUCUUGUCCAUGGAAGAAUGCGUCAAUAUAAAGGAAGUAGAUAUGGAACGUCUGCAAACCCUGCGAAUACUGUUCUCAUCGACUUGGAGGAGCCCCGACCAUGCUACAGAGCAUUUGUCCGAUAUACCUCCAUAUCCUCCGCGACUAGCCCUGCCGAACCCGAGGACCCAUUCACAUUUUGUAACUACUUCCAGCUCUUCAUUACUGGACACAUCAAUACCCUUUCCGACACCAACUUCCUCACUAUACGACAGUUCUAUGGUCUCGCUACAGCCGCACCAGGCUUCCUCUGGGGAUCAAUCUGUGCAGCACGGCCAUUAUCUAUUUCGGCAGUACCCGAACUCGGCAGUGAACCUUGACCCGGCCAUCUCGAACAUGCCCCCGGUUCUGCAGACUGACGAGGGCAUGCGCGCGUCUUUGUCUGGUGCUCCCAUUGAGCCUCCAUCCCGACACCUACCUACAUCAUUUGGUUUCGAAGAGGGCGCCAGUCUAGACUAUGAUGCUAUCCUCGACGAUCUUGCCUUUAUCGAUACCACGGACGACCUGGAUGUUGAUCCCUUGUUUAUGGCCAAUCUUGGUUUUGGCCCUGGAUGUGAUAUUACCGAUGUUAUGAGCUAG